AUGUCUUUUGAAAAGAAACAAAAAGUAAUGCUGGUGUUGUGCCUAAUCUUCGGAUUAUGGCAUUUCGCCACACAAUGGACCACCACACUCCUUUCUUUCCUUCAAUGGGACACCGAGGAACCGAUGACAAUUACCGACCUUGGAUAUAUUCAAGCUUUUGGAAGUUUGUGCAAUGCUCUUGGAGCCCUCGCAUUUGGGCAGCUUGCUGAUACUAUGGGUGUCAAGCCAAUGUUUAUUCUCUCCGUCACAUUCACGGCAGUCUAUUAUUCUGGAAUAUCGAUGGCCAGCUCAUGGUAUUCAUUCUUCUUCCUUCAAAUUCUGCGCUUCGGCUACCAACUUGAUGGAACGGCGGAAAUGUAUCUCGCCACAGUCACCACAGAAAGCGAAAGAACUCGGGCGUUAAUGAAACUUACAUUUCCACAAGCUAUUGCUAUGUUCUUUGGACCAAUCAUUGGAUCAAAAGUGGCUGCAUGGACAUCGUUGCGAAUUUCUCAGUUCAUCGUUGGAGGCGUUCUUCUCGCCACCAUGCUCCCAGUUCUCGUAUUUUUACUUCCAUCCACUCAUUCAAUUCCGCGUUUGGCCUCUGCUCGCCUUCGCCCACAAGACUACUGGCACAUGAUUGCGAAAAACCCCAACCUUCGUCAAGGUCUAAUCCUUCGUGCUCUUAUCAUCUCAGCCUAUGUAUGUUACGAAAUGAUCUCGCGCAACUUCCUUCUCCGAAACUACAUGCAUAGCACCUCGGAAUCUUCCUACAUUCUCCUCACAAUGUCCGCCUCUCUUUUCCUUGUCCAAUUCGUUGUGAUGCCAGUUUUACAAAGACGAGCUUCACCAAAAACCGUGCUACUGAUGGCAGUUGCUGCUCUUUUCGUCGCUUAUAUUUCGGCAUCAUUCGCAUCAUCAUUCGAGCACAUGUUAGUCAUCACGGCCGUUCAAACUGGAGCUUAUGCUAUUGCCUACGCCGAGACUUCAACAAAAAUCACAACCGCCGUUGAGCUUACUGAUCUUGGAAAAGCCACAGGAUUUGCUUCAAUGGUCCAAUGGCUCACCCAUUUCAUCCUACCAAUUUAUGCUUCUCAAAUCGUCGAGCAUCUUCACUACACAUAUGCAUUCUACACUUCCGCACUUCUUUCCGUGGGAGUUUUCGGAUAUGUGCUCGCUUUCGCCAAGCCUGAUGAGAAACGGUCUGGAGCUCUUCUACCUUCGCUCUCAGCAACUACAUACUAG